UGUUCGCAUCGUCCGAUGAAGAACGCCUCAUCAUGGAUGUGUUUCGCGGUUACAAUUCCUUGAUCCAGCCUGUCAAAAAUGUCAGCGACAUUCCAAUCAUUGUGAAAAUCGCCAUGCAACUCGUUCUUCUCAUCAAUGUGAAAUGGCACGAUUUUCAAAUGCGCUGGAAUCCUGUAAACUACGGUGAAAUCAAGGAGAUUAGAGUUGCUCCGGAUAAAGUCUGGUUGCCCGAUAUUGUGUUGUUCAACAAUGCUGAUGGUAACUACGAGGUAUCAUUUAUGUGCAAUGUGGUGAUAAACCAUCUUGGUGAUAUGCUCUGGGUGCCUCCAGCAAUUUACAAAAGCUCGUGCAUCAUUGAUGUGGAGUUCUUCCCGUUCGACGAACAGGUUUGCACCUUGGUGUUCGGAUCGUGGACGUACAACGAGAACGAGAUUAAGUUGGAAUUCGAACAAGCAGAAUGGGUAGAUCUAUCCGAGUACUCGCCAUCUUCCAUCUGGGAUGUAAUAGACGCACCGGCGUCGCUGGUAAACAAGAGGAGCCGAAUUGAGUUUCAAGUUAGAAUACGGCGCAAGACCUUAUUUUACACAAUCGUAUUAAUUAUUCCCACAGUUCUGAUGGCAUUUCUGAGUACGGCUGUCUUUUUCCUGCCAACCGAUUCAGGAGAAAAGAUAACGUUGACGACAUACGUUCUACUGUCCAUAGUUGUUUUCCUUCUAUUGGUGUCAAAAAUUCUCCCACCGACUUCCAGUACUAUUCCGCUUAUGGCGAAAUACCUCUUACUUACAUUUGUACUCAACGUCAUUACAAUUCUGGUUACGGUCAUCAUUAUCAACGUCUACUUUCGCAGUCCAACUAUACACCGUAUGCCGACAUGGGUGCGGAAACUUUUCCUCGAGUGGAUGCCUUUCGUGAUGUGUAUGCAACGACCGAAAUCUAUUAGCCGAAAAAUGGCAAAUCAACGGAAGGGCGUUACAAAACUGCCGGGACUGGGGCAGUUCACCUUCAACCUCUCCAGCCAUCAUCCAUUCUGUCCAAGCGCUGACGAUAGGAAAGCAUCAACAGAGGUUUCGAAACGUAUGACCGAGGUUGUUCAAGAUCCGACCACCUCAGUGUACUAUCCUCUGUCUGCAGACGCUCUACGAGCCAUUGAUGCUAUCGAAUACAUCACGGAACACCUGAAACAGGACGAAGAAUACAAAAUGUAUCGUGACGACUGGAAGUACGUAGCGAUGAUUAUUGAUCGACUACUACUGUACGUCUUUUUCGGUAUCACCGCCGGUGGAACAUGUGGAAUUCUAUUCAGUGCACCGUACGUAUUCCAAGGUGAACAAUUAGAGUUAUGGACCCAAAAAAUAUAA